AUGACUCAGAAUCCCAUGGAGAAUUCACAGAUCACUCCUAUCGAUGAGGAGCUGUUCACGCAUGAGAAUAUAAAGAAAGAACGAGAGCGAGCCUUGAAUUUCGCUCUGCAGAGCUAUGACCCAUCCAAGAGAAUCCAAGGAAGGACCCCGUGCUAUGGCUAUCACGCUGGCCCCGACUGGAUCCUCAAACGUGCCGCCAAGGCCUGCAAUAAUGGACAGCCACUUGCUGAGACACAGCUUGAUAGUGCAGCGAUGGGUAUCCUCGAGUUCAUCCGGACGAACACCGGCAUUAAGGGCCUAUAUUGGACUGGGUAUUACACCGAGGACUCCGACGGCAUCCCCACAACAUUUCUCGCGAUAUUCGAUCGCGAUCGGGUCGAUAAAACCAUCAAAGUGUGCCCUCCUAUGUUUUGUUUGAUGAGGAUCAAAGAGCUUCUCAAGGAAGACCAUUACCCAGUAUGGGAGUAUAUGGUCAAUUCUCUCUAG